AUGAGUAUCUACAGUCGAAUCUUUGCAAACACUUCAAAGAGAUUUGCAUCGGCCGCAAUCUCUGGGCGUAAAGUCCCUCCACAUGGCGUCUGGGGAAUUCCAGGAGCUGUCGUGUUUACCUGGAUCAUCUGGGGAGCCCUCAACGAUGAUAUCAAACAGUCCGUUGGACUUUACUGGGAUCCCGAUACCGAAGUCAAAAGAGUAGAAGCCGAGCGAGAAAAGCGAUUGGCAGCCAAGGAAGCUCUUAAGGCAGCAAAGAAUCCUGCCGCGGAAGAGGAAGAAGAAGAGGAGGAAGACGAAGGAGUAACCGCUGAAGAUAUCGAAGAGGCUGUGAAUGCUGCCAUUGAGCAAUCUGGCGGUGCCGAGGAAGAGGAGGAAGAAGAAGAAGAGCCCGCACCAGAGCCUGAGGCCGAGGAAGAAGAAGAAGAGGAGGAGGAAGAGGAAGAGAAGCCAAAGAAGAAGAAGGUUGACCCUGCUACCUUGACAAAAGAAGAGCGAUGGGAAUAUUUCACCGAUCGGGCUAUUAACCCAGGUGAUGAUGAUGAUGACGACGAUGAUGACGACGACGAUGAUGAUGAUGACGACGAUGAAGACGACGAGUAA